CGCGCUUCGAACGGGGAUCGGACAAUCCGCUUGAAUCCCGUCAUAGUGUGUUGAAUGAGAGAGAGAGAGAGAGAGAGAUAGCAGAUUGCUCGUGUCUUCUCAAAGGUAUGAGAGAGAGAAAGGAAGAGGGUUCUCUAUGGGAAGAGAAGUGGGGAGGUGAAAGGAGGGGAAUGUGGUGUUGGUUGGGCGUCGCGACGCUUUAAAUCUCUUUCUCUGUCUCAGUCACUCUCUCUCUCUCUCUCUCUCUCUCUCUUUGGGUGUCUGUAGCUCUCUAUAUGGUUACUCUUUCUCUUUCUCGGUGAAAUAAACGGUGGGGGUAAGGCCGCUCGGAGUGCGCGCUUCGAACGAGUCCGAACGGAAGGCAGGCAAUCUGCUCGAAUCCGGCGGAGCGUGAGCAGCAACGUUAACCUCGCGUGGUGGUGGUGGUGGUGGUGAUGGUGGUUGGUUGUUGCUUACUUGCUUGUUGUUGUUGUGUUUUUCUUCUCUUCUCUUCUCUUAUCUUUUAACGUUGUGUUGUGGUUCUUUAUUAAAGACCAAACUAAGAUAGAGAGAAAAGAGAAGGGGUUGAACGUAUCGGACGUUUUAAAUCACAAUCUCUCACCUUUGCAAAAUGAUUGGAGGUGUGUGUUAGUAGUUGGGGUGGGGGUAAGGCUAGUCCGGGUUACGCUUCGAACGAGUCUUUGAACGGAAGGCAGACAAUCUUCACGAAUCCGGCGGAACGCGAACAGCCGCCAAUUUGUCUGCUGUCAAGAAAAAAAUAAAAUAAAGGAAACAACAACUGAAUAGAAAGAGAGAGAGAGAGAGAGAGAGAGAGAUAGAGAGAGAGAGUUAUUUAGAGUUGUAUUAUUUGUGGUUGCAUAAGAGAAGAAAGAUAAAAAUAGGAUAGAUAGAAAUUGCAGCGAUGGAAGACAAUCGGUUGAGCUUACGUGAUGUUGUGCUCCUCGUGUCACGUUGAAGAAGAGGAAGGCUCGCCACGAGCGAGCUACCAAACCUCAUCGUCGUCGUCAUCAUCGUCAUCGUGGUCGUCGUUUUAUUAUUAUCGUUUUCAUCGAUGUCGAGAAUACAACGUAUCACUACUUCUACAAAUCCUAUCACCGUUGGUACAACCAACGGAAAGUAGGAGGAGAAGGAGGAGGGGAAAGUGGUGGAGAAGGUGGAGGAGGAGAAGAAGAAGGUCCGAUUGCGUUUGUAUUCCCUCUGGCACCUUUGUAUUCCAAUAAGAGAGCACGUGUGUGUAUGUGUGUGUGUGUACGUUAAAGAGGAGGAAACAAGGUGCGAGGGAGGAGCCGGUGCAGGCAGGAAAGCAGGCAACCGGUGGAGGGGAGGAUCCAGCCGAGAGAUCUCGUCUGGUGAUGAUGAUCGGUGGUGGCGUCGCGAGCCCUCCUGGUGGUACUGCCAAGUCGGUGGCUGCGAUCGACGCCGAGAUGGUGCAGGUCGAGGGCAUUGGCAGUGGAAGUGUCAGUGGCAGUGCUAGUGGUAGUGGUAGUCCUGCGACCGCUUCUACGAGACUAACUAAUAAUAAUAAUAAUAAUAAUAAUAAUAAUAGUAAUAAUAAUAACUCGGACGUAAGUAAUAGCAACAACAACAACAACAAUAACGAGGGACACGCUGUGCUAAAUUGCAGUGGCGCCGGUAGCGGCGCUACGAGUGACAAGUUUUGCUGUCACGACGAGGACCUUCCCGUGAGUACGGGUGUAACGCGACCUUGGGAACCACCCUCGCCGACCUUCUCCCAGACGAGGUCGCACCUUCUUCAGGUUCAUCCGACUCAUCAUCAUCAACAUCCGGCUGCUGCCCAUCAUCAUCAUCAACAAAUGACCGUACCACCGGCUUCCCUUAUCGACGGCGUGAGCUUGCAAAGCUGUACAGCUGGACCAUUUGCUAGCGGAAAUGGCGGUGGUGCAUCGAGACAACGUUUGUUGGAACUGUCACAUGGAUUGGGUGCUCUUAGACAUUACAAUGAUUUAGCCAAUCAUGUGUUAUCAUUAAAUCAACAAGGUGCCGUCGUUACGAAACUUUUAGGUACGCUUCGUCCGCCAGGCCUGAUAGGUGGAAGUAAACCCAAAGUUGCGACGCCAGCUGUCGUUGCUAAAAUCGAACAAUACAAAAGAGAAAAUCCGACGAUAUUCGCAUGGGAAAUUAGAGAAAGACUCAUAUCCGAAGGUGUUUGCAGUAAUGCAACAGCACCAUCGGUAAGCAGUAUAAAUCGAAUAUUACGAAAUCGUGCCGCUGAAAGGGCAGCAGCGGAAUUUGCGAGAGCAGCUGGUUACGGAUUGUACGCGGCCGGGCCGCAUCCAUAUUUUAAUACAGCUGCCCAUCAGCAUCCAACUACUAGCCAUCAUCUUCCUGGUGGAUGGCCAGCACCAGGAGCACCUGGACAUCCUUGGAUGUUACCACCCUUAGCUACUGGAAUUUCGGGGGCUGCUUCUGCGUUACUUUUACCACCGUCCUUGAGUCCUGGGGCUGCUGCCGCAGCAGCUGCGGCCGCAUCCGCUUCCGCUGCCGGUACUGCGGAUCAUGCUUUGCACGCUGCCGACGCCAUUGCCAGAGGAUACUUGCAAGACGGUGACGGUGACGAUGGAAGUUUGGAUGGUUCCGAGCAACCAAAGUUUCGACGAAAUCGUACAACCUUUAGUCCUGAACAAUUGGAGGAACUCGAAAAGGAGUUUGAAAGGUCGCAUUAUCCUUGCGUGUCUACUCGCGAACGGUUGGCUUCGAAGACCUCUCUUUCGGAGGCACGUGUACAGGUUUGGUUUUCCAACAGACGGGCAAAGUGGCGUCGUCAUCAGCGAAUGAACCUUUUAAAGCGUUCGCCACCACCGCCGCCGCCGCCGCCACCGCAGCCGCAACCGCGGCCGCACUCCGCAUCCAGCAUGGAAAUUGGCCGUACGUCGGUUUGCUCAAUCGGAGGAAUGGGAGGAGAAAGUAGCGCAUUUCGUGCUGUUGUAACAACAACGUCCCAAUCAUCAAGGGAAUCUAACGAUAGGAUCAAUAGGCUCGAAUCCAUUUCGAAACACCAACAACAAAACCAACAGCAGCAGCAGCAACAACAGGAAAAAAAACCAAGUGCAUUCCGUAUGAUCAGCCAAUUGGUUGGGGAAGAUACCCAUUCUAAUUUGUCACGUGGUACGAGUCCCAAUUACGAUAAUCAAAGGUCGGGUCAUGGACCACCACCAGCACCACCAGGUGGACCUGGUUCUGGCCAAAGAAUCGAAUACGAGACUGUUGAGGAUGAAGACGAGGACGAAGAAAUCGACGUACAAGAUUCCGAUCAGGAUAUACCAUCUUCACCGCCGGUCGCGUGGAGAGAUCAUUGGACCGAUCAACAACCCUUAGAAUUGACCAAACACGAUCGUUGAAAUGUUCAUCAAAUGGAAAUAGUGUUGAAGAAUAAGAAGACUACUUUUCGUUUAGAUUCAAACGAGACAGUUCUUUAUUUGUUUUCAUUUCAAAAUGAUUUUAGUGGUUUGUUUCCCACCCCUACCCCCUCCC